UGGCGACCUCCUUUACGCUCCCCGACCACCCGACCCUCCCCAAGGGCAAGACCGUGGCCGUCAUCGUGCUCGAUGGGUGGGGCGAGGCCAGCGCUGACCAGUACAACUGCAUCCACCGCGCCGAGACGCCAGUCAUGGACUCGCUCAAGAAUGGUGCUCCUGAGAGGUGGACGCUAGUGAAGGCUCAUGGAACUGCUGUUGGUCUCCCUAGUGAUGACGACAUGGGCAACAGUGAAGUUGGCCACAAUGCUCUUGGCGCUGGUCGCAUUUUCGCUCAAGGCGCGAAGCUUGUUGACGCUGCUCUUGCAUCUGGGAAGAUUUGGGAAGACGAGGGGUUCAACUACAUCAAAGAAUCUUUUGCUGAAGGUACUCUGCACCUUAUUGGUCUGUUGAGUGAUGGAGGUGUGCACUCCCGGCUAGACCAAGUGCAGUUACUUGUGAAAGGUGCCAGUGAGAGGGGAGCAAAAAGAAUCCGCCUCCACAUUCUUACCGAUGGACGUGAUGUCUUGGAUGGCAGCAGUGUUGGUUUCGUAGAGACAAUAGAGAAUGAUCUUGCUCAGCUUCGUGAGAAGGGUGUUGAUGCACGGGUUGCAUCUGGUGGUGGAAGGAUGUACGUUACCAUGGACCGCUAUGAGAAUGACUGGGAUGUGGUCAAGCGUGGGUGGGAUGCCCAGGUGCUUGGAGAAGCGCCAUACAAGUUCAAGACUGCACUUGAAGCUGUGAAAACACUAAGGGCAGAGCCCAAGGCCAAUGAUCAGUACUUGCCCCCGUUUGUGAUAGUCGAUGAGAGUGGCAAAUCAGUUGGUCCUAUAGUAGAUGGUGAUGCAGUUGUCACUUUCAAUUUCAGAGCUGAUCGCAUGGUUAUGCUUGCGAAAGCACUUGAGUUUGCUGAUUUUGAUAAAUUUGACCGCGUUCGUGUACCAAAAAUUAAGUACGCUGGGAUGCUUCAGUAUGAUGGUGAGUUGAAGCUUCCAGGGAAAUUCCUUGUUUCCCCACCCUUGAUAGCGAGGACAUCUGGUGAAUACUUGGUAAAGAAUGGUGUGCGCACAUUUGCUUGCAGCGAGACAGUGAAGUUUGGCCAUGUCACAUUUUUCUGGAAUGGAAACCGUUCUGGAUACUUCGAUGAAACCAAGGAAGAAUAUGUAGAAAUUCCUAGUGACAGUGGUAUCACUUUCAAUGAGCAACCCAAGAUGAAGGCACUAGAAAUUGCUGAAAAAACCAGGGAUGCUAUCCUCAGUGGAAAGUUUGACCAGGUACGUAUUAACCUGCCAAAUGGUGAUAUGGUGGGUCACACUGGUGAUAUUGAAGCCACAGUCGUUGCCUGCAAGGCUGCUGAUGAAGCUGUCAAGAUUGUCUUGGAUGCGGUCGAGCAAGUUGGUGGUAUUUACCUUGUCACUGCUGACCACGGAAACGCAGAGGAUAUGGUGAAAAGAAACAAAUCUGGCCAGCCGGCUCUUGACAAGAGUGGCAGCAUCCAGAUUCUUACUUCGCACACACUUCAGCCAGUCCCUGUUGCGAUCGGAGGCCCUGGUCUCCACCCAGGAGUGAAGUUCAGGUCUGAUAUCAACACACCUGGACUCGCCAAUGUUGCCGCCACCGUGAUGAACCUCCACGGCUUCCUGGCUCCUGAUGAUUACGAGACGACUCUCAUUGAGGUUGCUAACAAGUGAAAUAUUACUGUCUGAAGUCAGAAUUGCGGUAGCCAGUUUUGUUUCUAUAGUUUUGAGAUGGAUCAAAGGAUGAUCCCAUUGAAUAAUUUGAGAUUUGGCAGCUCAAACUCAUGAACACUGAGAAAAGUGGAUUAGCUCUAUUUGUAACUUGGUAUUGCCACGUGGGCUGGUGGAACAGACUGAUAGCCAUUUUUGCUCAGCUAUAUGUGUGAUGCGUCGAACUUUAUAAGCA